ACAGAUAAUAAAAUACAACUAGAGAUACAAUUUUGUGUUUUCCCAUUCGUUAUUUUGUGAUCCCUAAAUUUAGAUCCUUCAGUGGGGUCUCCAGGUUGGGAUAAUGUAUAAACUUGGGACCUGUCUGAUUACUCAUGCUGCUUGCUAGAUUGUAUUGUAUCUCAUUGACAACCAGGUAUAAGUGAACCAAAACCAAAACUAGGAAAAUAAGGUGGGGAUAUGGUAGAUUUAAUUUUCUAUUUAAAGUGUCAAAUAUCCAGUCAUGUGUGACAGCAACAUCAAUCAUUUGUAGGACUUUAAAAGUAUUUAAGAAGGAAUUGCCUCAAAAAUAAAGCCAUUUUGGAUAUAAUUUAGUUAAGCGUCAGUGACAACAUACUUAUAAACCAUUCACAGCCAAUGAAGAAAGGAUGGGAAGACCAAAACUUCCAUUGAGUAAAGUGGCCAAACUAGCUGGGCUGGGUAGAAAGUGGGAGGAUCAAGCAUCAGGAUGGGCUGAGCCUCACCUGCUUUGAAAAGCUGUAUCCUUGGCAGAGAGGAGAGCAGAGAGCGGGCCACUAUGCUCAGGCCAGAUAAAGAUGUGCAUGUGUGUUGGGGCAAAGUCAAAAGAGACCUGAGAAGGAAGGAGGAAACACAAUAAAGGAAUGAGAGAGUGCUACACAAUCUGCGGUUGACCUGAGCACUGAGUCAACAGCUCUGUGUAAUAGCUGCCUAAGAAUUUCUGUAGUAAUUUUUCCAAUCAUGGCAGCUAUGUGGCGAUUUGCACUUUUUCUUAGCGUGUUGCUGAUGGUGUCCAGAGGGUCAAGCCUGGCUGUCGAGGCCAACUCCAGAAGCUCAGACCAUGGCCAUCCAGCCACCCCGAGCUCAGACACAAGCCACGGGGACGGGCAUGGUUCGGUCCAUAACUCGAGUGGAAGCCAUGAUUCGAGCGGAGGCCAUGAUUCGAGCCAUGGAGACAGUGGCCAUGACGGCCACGGAGGAGGGCCCAUCACCACCUUACCUAUUGUGAGCUGGAAGUGGCACCAUGUCACCACCCCAUACCUGGUGGCUGUUUGGAUCCUGGUCUGCUGGCUGUGCAAACUCAUCAUCGAGGCCAACCACCAUGUGACCAGCGUGAUCCCGGAGAGCGCCUUGCUCAUCUGCUUCGGCUUCAUCCUGGGUGGCAUAAUUUGGGGUGCAGACAAGGUGCAGACCUUCAAACUGACGCCGACUGUGUUCUUCUUCUACCUGCUGCCCCAAAUCAUCCUGGAUGCGGGCUACUUCAUGCCAAACAAGCUCUUCUUCAGCAACAUGGGGGCCAUCCUGGUCUAUGCCGUCAUCGGGACCUGCUGGAAUGCCGCCAGCGUGGGGCUCUCGCUUUGGGGGUGCGCCAAAGGAGGAGCCAUGGGUGACCUGGACAUCGGUCUGCUGCAGUAUCUUCUCUUUGGCAGUCUAAUUGCCGCUGUGGACCCCGUAGCCGUCAUCGCUGUGUUUGAAGAGGUCCAUGUCAAUGAGGUCCUCUUCAUCAUGGUGUUUGGAGAGUCGCUGCUUAACGACGGCGUGACAGUGGUGCUCUUCAAUGUGUUUGAUGCAUUUGUGUCUCUAGGAGGACCCCAAAUUGAUGCUGUGGAGAUAAUCAAAGGAAUAAUUUCCUUCUUUGUGGUGGCGUUUGGCGGUUCCCUCCUCGGUUUGGUGUUUGGGAUACUUCUCUCUCUUCUGACCAGAUGCACUAAAAACAUCCAGAUCAUUGAGCCAGGCUUCAUCUUUGUCUUGGGAUACCUCUCCUACCUGACUGCGGAGAUGCUCUCUCUGUCUGCCAUCCUUGCGAUUGUCUUCUGUGGCAUGUCCUGCCAGAAGUACAUCAAUGCAAACAUGGACGAGAAGUCAGUCACCACCGUCAGAUAUGCCAUGAAGGUUUUCGCCAAUGGAUCAGAAACCAUCAUCUUUGUGUUCCUUGGCAUCUCGGCCAUUGACAAAGCAAUAUGGGUUUGGAACACAGGCUUCAUCCUCCUCACGCUCCUCUUCAUCUUUGUAUACAGGAUCAUCGGUGUCUUUUUCCUCACCUGGAUUCUCAACAAGUUCAGACUGGUCCCCUUGGAGUUCAUAGAUCAGGUUAUUAUGAGCUACGGUGGCCUGCGAGGGGCGGUUGCGUAUGGCCUGGCAGUGAUGCUGGAUGACCACAAGAUAAAGGAGAAGAAUCUAAUGGUCUGCACUACUCUGAUUGUAGUGUACUUCACUGUCAUCCUUCAGGGAGUAACAAUGAAGCCUCUUGUCACCUGGCUCAAAGUAAAGAGAGCUGCAAAGACUGAGCUCACACUCAUAGAGAAAGUGCAGAGUAAGUUCUUUGAUCACAUGCUUGUUGCAAUAGAAGAUAUAUCUGGACAAAUAGGACACAACUACAUGAGAGACAAGUGGAAUAACUUUGAGGAGAAAUGGAUGACAGGGAUUUUGAUGAAGCCAUCUGCGAGGAAGAACCGCGACUAUGUCUUCAAAGUCUUCCAUAAGCUGAACCUCAAGGAUGCCAUGAGCUAUGUGGCUGAGGGUGAACGCAGAGGCUCUCUGGAGUUUGUCCGGAAUGAAACGGCAUUCAUUGACUUCAAGAAAAAGUUUGGUGAGGAUAUCUCAGAGGUCAUGCCUGACAUCACGUACGACACGUCAGAUGAUUAUGGUGGAACGUCUGUUAUGAGGAGAGACCCUGUGCCAUCGGUGAGCUUGGAAAUGCACGAGCAGACCAUGAACGGUAUGAGGGAAACUGAGGACAUUAACACUCACCACCUGCUGCAGCAGCAUCUGUACAGGGGCAGGAAACAGCACCGACAUAGGUACAGCCGGAGCCACUUUGAUGUCAACAAAGAUGAAAAUGAGGUGCAGGAGAUCUUCCAGAGGACCAUGAGGAAUCGAUUGGAGUCCUUCAAGUCCGCAAAGAUGGGUGUCGCUCCACCAAAGACGAUAAGCAAGCACCCAAAGAAAGACCAACAGCAAAAGAUGCCAAAUGGAAAAUCAAUGGAUAAAAGUAAAAGCUACCUUUCUGGUGAUGAAGAUUUUGAGUUCUCAGAGGGGGACACCGCCUCCGGCUAUGACUCAGCAGGUGGUUCAUUCCCCAUGAGGGUCACCUACAGAGCAGGAGCUGGAAUCGAGAAUCCAGCCUUCAUGCUGGACCAGGACCCCAUGGCACCGAUGCAGAUCCCGCCGUGGCUUGCGGAGGCCGAACUCGACAGCAGCACAGUGGCUCCUUCGCAGAGAGCCCAGGUGAGGCUGCCGUGGACGCCCAGCAACCUGCGCCGCCUGGCUCCACUUCGCACCAGCACUCACUCCACGGACUCCUUCAUGCUGGCCGACACACCUGCCACACACCAGAGGGGCGACAACGACCAGCUGCCGCCGCCGCCGCCGCCGCCUUCUCACAAAGAUGGUGACCACAUGUAGCAUCCCACCUCCCCACUUCAUCUCCCUCUUACAUGGCUGCCAAAGACACAGAACACAACCUCAGACUUUGCACCGUCUACUCUCAAAAAAUUGACUAGAGAAUGUUUUCUUUUCCUUCGUUUAAUCUUAAUCCUGCUUCCGCACAAAACUUUCACAAUCCCAUAACCUUUGUGCUGUUGAAACAGCUUCUGUUGUUGCUCUAACUUUACCCUUCACUGAGCAAAGCUAAAUGAGAGAUCCUGUACGCACAGUGGCAGGUUAUUUACCAGAACAUGUUGAACAUUGUCUUAUUUUCUCCUCUGGUUCAUAGCAAACUUGUCAAACAUUGCAAAUGCUCGUCAUCCCCUAAAGAGUAUCUUAUCCCUUAAUGUGAUACAAGACAUUUUCAAGAAUGUAGAUAUGUGUAGAUUUGUUGUUUAUACAGAUGAUAAAAAAGGGAAAUUAUAGCAAUAUGAAGCAUACAGAGUAACAUGAAAUCAAUUCCAUCUCUAUAAUCUGAAUUAAUUUCUUUUCUGUGUGUUUUUUUCAUUUUUCUGAGGACAGAACUUAAGGUGAAACGUUAAACUUGAAGGAUAAGACCACUGUAAAUGUUGCUUAUGUGAUGAAGAAAUAUUUAAAUAAUAUUUAUGGACAUGUCCACCAUCUCAAACAGAAACUAUAUUUUAUGUACCUCCGACAAAUAACACUUUAACUGACUGGACAUGGUUUUGAACUGUAUGUAUUUGAAUAUAGAUUUAGAAAUUAAAAUGAGAAAAAUC